AGACAGAAAUCAAACAUGAUCAAAGCCAGCUUAGCCUUGCUGUGCCCCCCCUGUGCACUGAUCCCGGCCAUCAACGCCUCGGGUAUAUAUGUGGAACAACAACAUUUUCAGGUGGAGCCCAUGGACUAUCAACAGAUCAGAAAGCUGCAAUCGCUGAACCUAAUGUUCACCGAAUAUUUUCAAAAUGGAACAGUGAAGGACAUGGAUAUGUUCAGCCCACGGCUGCUCAACAAGGACGAUCUGCAGUGCAUUGCCGACAUGGGUCGAUGGAUGAACGACCUCAAGUCGGGUCGUCUCUGGUCCAUGAAAUUGAUCGAUUCCGGGGGCUCUAUACCAUCGGGCAUACUCUAUUUGAAUCUUCUGGACAUGAGCAACUAUGGUGAAUGCAUCAAGAUCAAUAAGGAAGUGAGCGGUGGUCAUUUGAUCAAGGGCAAAUAUUGCCUUACCGAGAUACCCAUAAUGCAAAUGCUGGGAUCGACCGGGAUUUGUCGACGCUAUCCGAUUCGCUCUACUACUCGCUGA